UCAAUUGCUACGCGGAGACAGAGGAGAAAGGAGAGUCUACAGUUCCGGGCACCUGACGUUUCGCUUAGCGGCCAACAGAGGUCGCAAGAAGCGGAGAGACAGGAGCCCCGGCAUGGGCAACUCAGUGGGGAAAGGCAAAGUUGUCCAGCAGGCACCCGAGGAGCAGCGGAAUCGCGCCACGCCCUUCGAAGCCACCAAAAAUACUACUCAGAAGGCAUUCCAAAUUCAUGGCAAAGGAAAAAAUGUGGAGGCUGCUAUUAAUAAGAAAGAUUGGAAAUUAGCGAUCCAGACACUCAUUGAUGAAAACAAUGUCAUGAUUUUCAGCAAUACCACUUGCGAAUUCUGUGCAAAGGUGAAGGAUCUGUUCAAGUCCAUGGGUGUUUCUUAUUUCGUUCUUGAACUUGACCAAAUUGGCCACCACAUUGAAAAAAGGAAUGUAAAUGAAACACUAAGGCCAGACUGCACAUUUUUCUCAAACUGA